GGAAUUUUCUAGCCUCUGCUUAAGAAGGAUCUCGCGCAGGACUUCAUCGCCGAAGAGCUGCGGGGUGGCAGCCCCGGCACCCGCUCCAGGCUGGCCUUAAGGCCACCUUGGCUGGCCAAGGGCCAAGUCGGGUCCCCUGCGGUCCGCGCUGGCUGCGCCCCAGCUCCGGCCACGGCGCAGCCGAGGUCCCCCAGCGCCCCCUACAGCUGCGCGCAGGGGGGAGACGAAGCCAGAUCCCGCGCUUAGCACCACGCCCCGGACUCCACCCUGGGCCGGCGCCCCGGACCGCGCCAGGGCGCCCGCACCGCAGGCCGCAGAAACCGGGCACAGGGCGGGGGGCGCAGCCCUCGGGGCCCUGGUCGCUCCGCCCGCCGCGGCCCAUUUCCCCUCCCUUCCCCUGCGCCGCCCUUCUCCCCGCCCGGACGCACCGCGCCUCGGCAUCUAGGGCGCUCCCUCCAGCCGUGGCCGGAGCCCAGCGCUGGUGGAUGGUGCUCCCCAACGCCAAGCGUGCGCUCAGGCCCCAGGGGCCGCCAUCCGGGAAGCGGUGAUGCCGCCGCCGCCGCCGCGGCCGCCACUGCUGCUGCUGCUGCUGCUGAGCGUGGGGUUCCCCGGAGGGCGCCCCUACAAUGUGGACACGGAGAGCGCGCUGUUGUUCCGGGGCGCCCCCGACUCGCUGUUUGGCUACUCUGUGGUUCUACACGGCCACGGGCCGGACCGCUGGCUCGUCGUGGGAGCGCCCACGGCCACCUGGCUCGCCAACGCGUCCGUGGUCCACCCCGGGGCCAUUUACAGAUGCAGAAUCGGAAGGAAUCCAAACCGGACCUGCGAGCAGCUCCAGCUGGGUAGCCCUGCUGGAGAACCUUGUGGAAAGACUUGUUUGGAAGAAAGAGACAAUCAGUGGUUGGGGGUCACCCUUUCCAGACAGCCGGGAGAAUAUGGGUCCAUUGUGACUUGUGGGCAUCGAUGGAAAAAUAUAUUUUAUAUAAAGAAUGAAAAUAAGCUCCCCACUGGUGUUUGCUAUGGGAUACCUUCUGAUUUACGGACGGAACUCAGUAAAAGAAUGGCUCCCUGUUACCAAGAUUAUGUGAGAAAAUUUGGAGAACACUUUGCUUCAUGUCAAGCUGGGAUAUCUAGUUUUUUCACAGAGGAUUUAAUUGUGAUGGGCGCUCCAGGAUCAUCUUAUUGGACCGGUUCUCUUUUUGUCUAUAAUAUAACUACAAAUAAAUACAAAGCUUUCUUAGACAAACAAAAUCAAGUCAAAUUUGGAAGCUAUUUAGGGUACUCGGUAGGCGCAGGGCAUUUUCGGAGUCCGCAUACCACAGAAGUAGUUGGAGGAGCCCCUCAGCAUGAGCAGAUUGGGAAAGCCUAUAUAUUCAGCAUUGAUGCAAAGGAACUAAAUAUUGUACACGAAAUGAAAGGAAAAAAGCUUGGCUCCUACUUUGGAGCUUCUGUCUGUGCUGUGGACCUCAACGCAGAUGGCUUCUCAGACCUGCUGGUGGGAGCGCCCAUGCACAGCUCCGUGAGGGAGGAGGGCAGAGUGUUCGUGUUCAUCAACUCUGGCUCGGGAGCAGUAAUGAAUGAAAUGGAAACAGCGCUCACUGGAAGCGACAAAUAUGCCGCAAGAUUUGGGGAAUCUAUAGUUAAUCUUGGUGACAUCGACAAUGAUGGCUUUGAAGAUGUUGCUAUUGGAGCUCCACAAGAGGAUGACCUGCGAGGCGCCAUUUACAUUUACAAUGGUCGGGUGGAUGGCAUCUCCUCAACUUUCUCCCAGAGAAUUGGAGGUCUUCAAAUCAGUGAAUCAUUAAGUAUGUUCGGGCAGUCUAUAUCAGGACAAAUUGAUGCGGAUAAUAAUGGAUACGUAGAUGUAGCAGUUGGUGCUUUUCGGUCCGAGUCUGCUGUGUUGCUGCGGACAAGACCAGUAGUAAUUGUUGAAGCAUCGUUAAGCAACCCUGAGUCCGUAAACAGAACGAAAUUUGACUGCACUGAGAAUGGAUUGCCCUCUGUGUGCAUGGAUCUAACUCUCUGUUUCUCAUAUAAAGGCAAAGAGGUCCCAGGUUAUAUUGUCUUGUUUUACAACAUGAGUUUGGAUGUGAGCAGAAAGACUGACUCACCGUCCAGAUUUUACUUUUCCUCUAAUGGGACUUCUGACGUGAUCACAGGACGUAUACAAGUAUCAAGCGGAAGAGUCAACUGUCGGACCCAUCAGGCAUUUAUGAGGAAAGAUGUGCGGGACAUCCUCACCCCAAUCCAGAUCGAAGCUGCCUACCACCUUGGGCACCACGUCAUCAGCAAACGAAGCACAGAGGAAUUCCCACCCCUGCAGCCAAUCCUUCAGCAGAAGAAAGAAAAAGAUAUAAUUAAAAAAAUGAUAAAUUUUGCAAGGUUUUGUGCCCAUGAAAAUUGUUCUGCCGAUUUACAGGUUUCUGCAAAAAUUGGAUUUUUCAAGCCAUAUGAAAAUAAAACCUAUCUCGCUGUUGGAGGCAUGAAGACGUUAAUGUUGAAUGUGUCCUUAUUUAAUGCUGGAGACGAUGCCUACGAAACAACUCUGCACAUCCAACUCCCCCCGGGUCUUUACUUCAUCAAGAUUUUAGACCUGGAAGAGAAACAAAUAAACUGUGAAGUAACAGACAACUCUGGCACAGUCAAACUCAUCUGCACCCUCGGUUAUAUAUACGUAGAUCAUCUCUCCAGGGUAGAUGUGAGCUUUCUCUUGGAUGUGAGCUCACUCCGCACAGCAGAGGAAGAUCUGAACAUCACUGUGCUUGCCUCCUGUGAAAAUGAAGGAGAAAUGGACAAACUGAUGGACAACAAAGUGACAUUAGCGGUACCUCUAAGAUACGAGGUGAUGCUAGCUGUUCACGGGUUUGUGAAUCCAACUUCCUUCAUGUACGGAUCUAGUGAGGACGGCGAACCUGAAACAUGUAUGACCGAGAAGAUGAAUUUCACUUUCCAUGUUAUCAACAUGGGCAUUAGCAUGGCUCCAAAUGUUAGUGUGGAAAUCAUGAUCCCAAAUUCUUUUGUUCCCCAAACUGAUAAACUGUUCAACAUUUUGGAUGUCCAGACAACUACUGGACAAUGCAAGUUUGAAAAUUAUCAAAGGGAGUGUACAUCAGGGCAGAAGCGGGAUGCUGUGGAGACCUUAAAAGGCAUCCUCAAGUUCUUGUCAAAGACUGACAAGAGGGUACUGUACUGCAUGAAAACUGAUCCAUACUGUUUAAAUAUUCUAUGCAAUUUUGGGAAAAUGGACAGUGGAAAAGAAGCCAGUAUACACAUUCAGUUGGAAGGCCGGCCAUCCAUUUUGGAAAUGGAUGACACUUCCUCACUCAAGUUGGAGAUAAGAGCAGCAGCUUUUGCAGAGCCACACCCCAGAGUUAUCGAGCUGAACAAGGACGAGAACGCAGCACACGUCCUCCUGGAAGGAUUACACCAUCAAAAGCCCAAGCGCCAUUUCACCAUAGUGAUUAUUUCAAGUAGCUUGCUACUUGGACUCAUUGUACUAUUGUUGAUUUCAUGCGUUAUGUGGAAGGCUGGCUUCUUUAAAAGACAAUACAAAUCUAUCCUACAAGAAGAAAACAGAGAUAGUUGGAGUUAUGUCAACAGCAAAACCAAUGAUGAUGAAUAAAGACUGCUUUCAACUUCAGAGAACUGAAGAGACUCAGGUUAGGCUAAAAUCAUUGUUUACAGGAAAACAAAAUUUUCUCAGAUUUUUUUUUUUUGCAUAUUUCUUUUACUUACAACAUGAUAUGUGUUACCGAGGUAAAAAUUCAAGUCAUGACUGUUCUUGCAAAGAGAAUGACUGCAAAGCUGUAAUACUUAGCACAGCCAAAGAAGAUCUUACAGAAAUUAAAUGGGUAGAAGAACACUACAGCCUUCGACUUAUUCAAGAAGAAUAAAUGCUGAAAGAGAUCUUGAAAGUCCAUUGGAACUAAGGCCUAGUGGACCAGGACACAUGAGCACUGAUUCAUUUCAAAUACGUCUUUGAGACUGUUGGACAAAUGUUCUUUAAACACAUUUCAUGGAAUUUUCCUUAAAGACCUUUUUUACAAUGCAUUUCCUUUGCUCGAGUGACCAUUUUAUUCAACAGACUAUGAACAGUGUAGCCCUGAUGUACAGAUUUCAUACUGAAUACACUGAUUUAACAGGAAGACUUCUGGAUAACUACAAAUCUAUGUGUUCUUUUCUUAUACAUCCAUGUUGUUUAAAAAGAAUAUAUAUGCAUAGAUACAUGUAUAGGUAUAAAUCUGAUCAUCUCCUACAAUAUACAUCUAUCAAGAGUACCUAGGGGUUAAGAGAAAACCACCCUGAAAUGUUUUGGUUUAUAACAAAUUCUUAAGUGUUAUAAUUUAUAUUCUAAAACAAUGGAUUAUAAAUGUUGCACUUUAGCUAAUAUACACUGAUAUAUUUAAGAAAUAUGAAAACUGGACAUCAUUAGUGAUUUUAGGAAUCUGUCCAAAGAGUGAUACAGGGGCAGUAUUUGACUUGCUGGGUACUGUACAAAAUACCAUCAUAAUUAAGCAAAUAUGCGUUUUACUCAGGCCUGUUCAGGCAUUCUCCACAGAAAUGCAGGAAUACAUUUUGCAGACAACUGAAAAAUACACAUUGGAAUGAUACAGUUAACAUAAAAGUGGCAUCAGAAUUUCCAUGAGAUGUUUGGAUAACAGGAGCUAAAAGUUUUAACUUAAUAUUAUAGAAGGUUCUAUUUUAAAUAAAUUAUUUAAAAUACAGCAAGAAGCCAUUUUAUCAUUCAAUGAAUCUUCAAAUAUAAUCAUUUUGUAAUAUUUAUUUCAUAUAAAUAUAUGUGUAUGAAAACUAUGGCCAGUUUUUCAACAUCUGUUAGAGGAAGUGAUCAAAUAAGAGAACAGUCUCAACUGUUACAGGAAAUAUUACUUUACACAAAGUCGCUGCCAGCUGUCUACCUCCUUGGAUUUCCUGACUCGUGAAAGCCAUCCAUUCCUAAGCUUCCACUCUAUGACCAGUGCCUGGAAAAUGAGGAUUACGUACACAGAUUUUUGAAGGCACUUGAGCAAUAGAACUUAAGCACAAAGCCUCUUUCAAUCAGAAUAUACAUGGUAAACUUUGUUUUGCUUGUACAUAUUUUAAAUAACACAUUUGUGCAUAAGGUGUAUUUUUAUGCUUUUAUUAAAAAAUUUUAGCUCUUUUAGAAUAUUGAGGCUCAUAUAUGAAAAUGAAGCACAGAUCUAGAGAACUAUUGUCUCUAAGAAAACUAAAAUUUGGUGGCUAUGCUGAAAGCUAAGGGUCAGACCCAGGCCUUUCUAGUGCAAGAAAGACAGAGUUACCUGGUAGCUUUCAUCCAGUUAGGUGCCUUAACAUGGUUCCAGAAAAAAAAUCUAUCAACUUUGUGAUGGGUUUUAAAUCCUAUUUUACAACCUGCUUUUAGAAGGUGGUCUACGUAUUACAAAGAUUUUUGUAAAAGAAAGUCCUGAUUUUGGUCAUAUCAUCGACUUCUUGUGUGAUUUUUGAAAUUUAACUCCUCCAGAUUAGAUACCUCAGUGUGGUCCUGAGAGGGAUCUGUUUGCAUCAGGCUACAGGAAAUCUGACACCAGACUUGGUGGGUUUAAAUCCUGGAAAAUAAAACCUCAAAUGAUUUUGAUUUCAAAUUAUCUUAAAUAUUGAUAUAUCCUGAUAAUACGUGAAGGCAUUGAAUGUUUAUUUUCACUUGCAAUAAACACCUUCUAAAGACAGGAACUUGAAAUUUUUUCUUUAUAUUUUUUUAAUCUUGAUUUUCAAAGCUCUGACUCCUGCAUUUUAGUAGUACCAAUAAUACCACUUUUAAUUUCUUACAAAUACAUUUUCUGUUAGAAUAUCUGUUUAAGUCAUGAUCAAAUCAUCCCAUACAAAAAUGGUACUU